UGAUCAUUGACAAAUGUGUCGCGAAAAUGUAUAAACUACUAUUUAUAUUUAUUUUAUAUUGGAAUAAUAAUGGUGCAAUCGGUUCGUGCAUUUACUAUUCAAAAUGUUCGGAAUGUGUAGAAUCUGGACCAGAAUGCGCAUGGUGUGCAGAUGAGCCAUUUAUAAAUGAAGUAGGAAUUGUAUAUGCAAGAUGCAAUACUUUGGAAGGUUUGAAACAAGCAAAUUGCUCCAACAUCAAUCAAUUAGCAUCGAGUACAGUAACUAUUCUAAAGAAUGAUGAUUUCAAAGAUGUUGUGGAACAUGAUAAUAUUUUUGAAGCAGUGCAGAUUAAACCACAAAGAUUAGAACUGAAAUUACGACCAAAUGAAAAGACAAGUUUUAAAUGA